UUCCUCCCUUUCCAUUCAAAGACAUCCCCGAAAGUAAUUCCUUUCUUUUCUCUCAUUGCCAUCUUCUUCGUAGAUCAAAAACAUGGGUGACAGUCAAUAUUCAUUUUCUCUCACAACUUUUAGUCCUUCAGGCAAGCUAGUACAGAUCGAGCACGCCUUGACGGCAGUUGGGUCUGGUCAAACAUCUCUUGGAAUCAAAGCUGCUAAUGGGGUAGUGAUUGCUACUGAGAAGAAACUGCCUUCAAUCUUGGUUGAUGAAACCUCUGUUCAGAAAAUACAGUGUCUGACACCAAAUAUUGGAGUUGUUUACAGUGGUAUGGGCCCUGAUUUUCGAGUUUUGGUUCGGAAAAGUAGGAAGCAGGCAGAACAGUAUCAUAGGUUGUAUAAGGAAGCAAUUCCAGUAACACAACUUGUAAGGGAAACUGCUGCUGUUAUGCAGGAAUUCACUCAGUCUGGUGGUGUUAGACCUUUUGGUGUAUCUCUACUGGUUGCUGGAUAUGAUGACAAUGGUCCACAACUGUAUCAGGUGGAUCCAUCUGGUUCCUAUUUCUCAUGGAAAGCCUCAGCAAUGGGGAAAAAUGUCUCAAAUGCGAAAACAUUUCUUGAGAAGAGAUACACUGAUGAUAUGGAGCUUGACGAUGCUGUGCAUACUGCUAUUUUGACUCUCAAAGAGGGAUUUGAAGGACAAAUCUCAGGGAAAAACAUUGAAAUCGGGAUCAUUGGAACUGAUAAAAAAUUCAGGGUACUUACCCCAGCUGAAAUUGAUGAUUAUUUGGCUGAAGUGGAAUAGCUUAUCUUCUUAUUGGAGGCUAUUUAGAAGUGUCUUUUAUGUAACUUUUGUUUUUGAGACGUUCAUUUCAGUCAAAUGCAUUUAGUUUUCUGGUACUACUAUGGUUUCUUUAAACUCAUACUGGGUUACAAUCUCAACACAAGCUGGAAUCCUAAUGAAUUGAAUAAUAUUAUCUACUAGUCUGCAGCUAUCAAUCAAGUUCAAAUGAGGAAUGUAAGAAGUAACUGAGAACGGGCAGCUUUAGAUUGUAAGUUGAGUUUCAAAAUAAAAAGGGGCUUUUCA